GGAGAGACCAUGUCCGCCGUCAUAGGCAAACUGUACUCACCUCUACUCUCAUUUAAUACUAAUUCUCCAUGAAAUAACAGUAACGCGGGGCCUCCAGGAUGGCCAACUCGGGUGCUGUUCAGGUGAAACUAGAACUUGGUCAUCGUGCCCAGAUCAGAAAGAAACCCACUGUGGAAGGCUUCACCCAUGACUGGAUGGUGUUUGUCCGAGGACCAGAGCACAGCAACAUUCAGCACUUUGUGGAGAAAGUAGUUUUUCACCUGCACGAAAGCUUCCCUAAACCAAAAAGAGUUAUCAAGGAUCCCCCGUACAAAGUGGAGGAGUCUGGAUACGCAGGCUUCAUCUUGCCUAUUGAAGUUUACUUCAAAAAUAAGGAAGAACCGAAGAAAGUUCGCUUUGAUUACGACCUGUUCCUGCACCUGGACGGCCACCCACCUGUCAAUCAUCUACGCUGCGAGAAGCUCACCUUCAACAACCCAACAGAGGAGUUUCGUAAAAAGCUACUGAAAGCCGGAGGGCAACGGGAUCCUAACAAACGAAGUUCAGAAGACCCAAAAGUGAUGGUAAUGCAGGAGGGCUCCACUUCCCUGUUUGGCCAGCAUCUGAAGCUGCCUACACUUCCUAACAGCUCGCUGACAUCCACCUUCUCUGACCAAAAGAAGAGCAAAAGCUUCCACGGGUCAAAGGAUGACUCCAAAGGAAGUAGCACCACCCUUCUCACCACCGCUACAACAGCCAGCACCAACAACAUCAGCUUCUCCAAACUCCACAAACCCUCCAAGGACCACAAAGACAAGCCUCCAAAAGACUUGAAAGAGCCCAAAAGUGCCUUCAGAGACUCUGGCUGGGAACCCAGCAAAGUCCCCAAAGAACCUUCCAGGAAACCCAAAGAGAACCAGCCACUUAGAGAUAUAAAUCCUAAAAUGGGCUUCAAGGAACCGAAGUCUUUGUCCAAGGAGCAUCGGACUGAGGGGAUGACCCACGAGUCAGGGCUAAACAAGCGUCUGUCCACCCCUGACGGCGACGAUCACGUGACCAAAAAACGUAAAAAGGGAUUUGUGGAUCCAUCAGGGAAGCAUACGUCAGGGUCACACGCUCAACAUUUGGAUAAGAAACUCUUGAAGGAUAGAUCCCAGAUGCGAGCGAAUAAACUGCGACCAGAAGUUGAUGAGGCAGAGCGCAGGAAGGUGUUGACACUUCCACCAUUCCAGGUGGACCCCAAUGAGUCUGAUAUGGAGGACCAGUCCACCAAAUCAGAUUCCGAACAGCCCAGUCCAGCCAGUUCCAGCUCCAGUUCCGGCUUUGCUCCAACACACCACAAACGACAAGUGGUGGACUUCAUCAUCAGGAAAAGGGUGGCUAUUCCUGCCACCACCCACACAGUGCUGGGCCCGUUGCAGUCAGUCAUGCAGGAUCUGCACUCCGAUGACAACGAUGAAGAUUCAGAGGACGACGACGACAAUGACAUGGACUCUGACAUGGAGCGACCAGCACACACACAUCUCACACACCACCAACGCAGGGUCAGUUUGAGUGAUGGCAGUGAGAGUGACAGCUCCUCACCCUCGCCACCAUCCCGCAAUGAAGCCCCGCCCUUACUAAAGACUACUAAUAACCAGAUACUGGAAGUGAAGAGUCCCACCAAGCAGAGCAAGCAGGACAAGAACAAAAUCAUAGAUUGUGACAAGGCUUACCUGGAUGAGCUGGUGGAACUUCACAAAAGACUGAUGACACUAAGAGAAGGUCAUAUACUGCAACAGAUUGUCAACCUCAUUGAGGAGACCGGACACUUCCACAUCACAAACACUACUUUUGACUUCGACCUUUGCUCCUUGGACAGAAGUACAGUAAGAAAACUCCAGAGUUACCUGGAAACCUCCGGACUGUCCUGAGGCUCUGAGCAGCUGGCUGCUGGAUCUCUGUCUCCACGUAGACUUUAGAUUUUCUUCUCGAAUAAACUCCAACUUUGGAUGCAAUGCAAAAAGCCCCACCGUGGCUGGAUCCAGUUGCUGUGUGUCCAGCCUGCUGGUUGGACUGGGCUCUCUGUAGAGGCGGUCCCAGAUACCAGAGCCAGGUGUUGUGGGGAUGAGCCCUGUGGAUCAGGAGAUCACCCAGAAAGCCUUGAAAAUUUCACUUGAUUUCUAAAAACAAAAUAAGUGGGAAGUGGUGACCUUGUUGCUCUUAACGAAUGUGCAUAUUGUUACCAUGUAUGUUCCUUGAUGUGUUGUUCAUUGUGACAAAUGCAUGGUCAACAUUGCCUUACAACAUUGUAAGUCUUAUUUAUUGAAAUGCGUGUGUGUGUGUGUGUGUGUGUGUGUGUGUGUGUGUGUGUGUGUGUGUGUGUGUGUGUGUGUGUGUGUAUGAAAUUGCAAAAAGGAAAAAAAAAACAGCAGAAUGAGACUUUGUUGAAGCACUUCACAACAGGCAUUACUGAGGACACUUGAUUUGUCGCUGACUUGAAUUGAAAUUGAAUGUCAUAUUGAAUAAUUAUAAUGGGAACAAAAAACUGCCACAAGGUGAAGGUGACGCUGAUCAAUUUAUAUUACAAUCCAUAAAAGAACAGCCUUGCAGAAGAACUCGUAAAACUUGUGAGAAGAAUACAAACCAAAAAUAAUUGUCCAUUUUCAAAGCCUUCAGUUCAAUUCUUGGCGACUACUUUUUGGCCUUUAUGUGUAGAAUUCUAUUUUUUAUGCAAAAACCUUUUAUAGGGAUUAUUAUGACAUCAACAACCUAAAUAUGGUGGCUUUAAAUCCCCACAAAAGCUCUUGUUAAAAGAUUUAUUUCUAUUAUUGAAUUUAUUUUUAACACGGCUUGCAAACUCAUUAGACUAAUGCGUACAUCAGUAUUCCCCAUUCACAAAAACUUUACAUGACAUUGUGUGAUUGAUUGGCUUUCCAGCUGUGAGGAUUGGAGCACAGCACCACAUCAUUUGGCAGUUUUUCCCCCCAUAUUUUGACACUGUAUAAAGUAAGACUUGAGUGACUGCUGGAGUGAGCUGAGCACAAAUCACUUAAGGUGGAAGUUCUCAUGAUGGAAUCAAAAAUAAUUUUUUUUACCAAAUCUAGGAAUAAUGUGCUGCCGACCUGCUCAUCAGCUGCAACGUAAAGAAAGCUUUGUUGUGUUGGCUCAUUUUCUGCUACAGGGCCAAUGGAACAUGCCAAAAGCAUAGUUAAUAGAACCAGCUGGUUUAGGAUACUACUAAUGUUUGUCUACAGAAUAUGAUUGAAGGGAAAUCAUUAACUCUUUGCCAUCUGGGGAAAUGGAUUUGUAGAACAGACCAAGCCCUGUAAGAGGAAAGGAAGAACAAACUCCCUUUAUGAGGACAGAAACGAGAGUCGGCUCCAGUGUUCUGCAUUUCUGAAAUGUGUGAAAUAUUUUGGGUAGAUUUAACAAAAGAGAAAGCCAAUGGGAAUUUUGGCUGACAGGUACUGUUACGGGUGUAAGAGAAAAAAAAAUAUCUUUUAUUUAUUUCGUGGAUGUUUGAGUUAUUAAAUCAAAGCUCGGCAUUAAUUUUCCAAGGAGAAUGCCUUUUGUUUGAUAUGUAACGGAGGACACUUUCUUUGCCAGUCUGAUAAACUAAAGUUCAGGAUGGUAAACAGACUUUUCCAAAUGACCUUUUUAAAGGGUUUUCUUACCCUGUGUUCUGUCUUAUGGUUUCUUGUGUAUUUUGAGGACAUACAAUAAAUAUUCUGUAUGAUGUACAGAUGGUUUAUUAAGUCA